GAGGAAAAGUAUCAGAGAGGUCAACUGAUUUGUCUGAAGACACUACUAGACGUUGCUGAGCGGGAUAUUGAAUUUUUUUUUUUUUUAAGUCCAGCAUUGCUAUUCUCUGGUUUGCGUCCGGAUUCUUGUUGACUAAGAGGGUUGGGGAGUGGGCACCUUUUGCCUUCUCUCGAGUAUCCCUAUGGGAUGAUGAAGGGAGCGAUGAGGUGAUGUGAUCAAGUGUUCUGUCAAACUGUAGAUAUGUUUUUUUAAAAAAUAUUUUUAUUGAUUUCAGAGAGGAAGAGAUAGAAACAUCAAUGACGAGAGGGAAUCAUUGAUCGGCUGCCUCCUGCACGCUCCCUACUGAGGAUUGAGCCCGAAACCCAGGCACAGCAGCUACCCAGAAAAGAUGGGCGAGGAGACCAAUGAUGACAAGAAGCCAACAACUAAAUUUGAACUAGAGCGAGAAACAGAACUUCGCUUUGAGGUGGAAGCGUCUCAGUCAGUUCAGUUGGAGCUGCUGGCUGGCAUGGCAGAAGUCUUUGGCACAGAGCUGACCCGGAACAAGAAAUUCACCUUUGAUGCUGGUGCCAAGGUAGCUGUUUUCACUUGGCACGGCUGUUCGGUACAGCUGAGUGGCCGCACCGAGGUGGCUUAUGUCUCCAAGGACACCCCUAUGUUGCUUUACCUCAACACUCAUACAGCUCUGGAGCAGAUGCGGAGGCAGGCGGAGAAGGAAGAGGAGCGAGGCCCCCGGGUGAUGGUAGUGGGCCCCACCGAUGUGGGCAAAUCCACAGUGUGCCGCCUGUUGCUCAACUACGCAGUGCGUUUGGGCCGCCGUCCCACUUACGUGGAGCUGGAUGUGGGCCAGGGCUCUGUGUCUAUCCCUGGUACCAUGGGGGCCCUCUACAUUGAGCGGCCGGCAGAUGUUGAAGAAGGAUUCUCCAUCCAGGCCCCUCUGGUGUAUCAUUUUGGCUCCACCACUCCUGGCACCAACAUCAAGCUUUAUAAUAAGAUUACAUCUCGUCUCGCAGAUGUGUUCAACCAAAGGUGUGAAGUGAACCGAAGGGCUUCUGUGAGUGGCUGUGUCAUUAACACCUGUGGCUGGGUCAAGGGCUCUGGUUACCAGGCCCUGGUGCAUGCAGCCUCAGCCUUUGAGGUAGAUGUGGUUGUGGUUCUGGAUCAAGAACGACUUUACAAUGAACUGAAACGGGACUUGCCUCACUUCGUGCGUACUGUGCUGCUCCCUAAAUCAGGGGGUGUGGUGGAGCGCUCCAAGGAUUUCCGGCGGGAAUGUAGGGAUGAGCGUAUCCGUGAGUAUUUCUAUGGAUUCCGGGGCUGUUUUUAUCCCCAUGCCUUCAAUGUCAAAUUUUCAGAUGUGAAAAUCUACAAAGUUGGGGCACCCACCAUUCCAGACUCCUGUUUGCCUUUGGGCAUGUCUCAGGAGGACAAUCAGCUGAAGCUAGUACCUGUCACCCCUGGCCGAGAUAUGGUGCACCACCUCCUGAGUGUCAGCACUGCUGAGGGCACAGAGGAGAACCUUUCUGAGACCAGUGUGGCCGGUUUCAUCGUGGUGACCAGUGUGGACCUGGAGCAUCAGGUGUUUACCGUUCUCUCUCCAGCCCCCCGUCCACUGCCUAAGAACUUCCUUCUCAUCAUGGAUAUCCGGUUCAUGGAUCUUAAAUAAAGAUCAGGGAGUCUUGCUGCCUGGGGCAUGGAGAUGUGUGGCCAUCACAGAGACAGAUGGGCUGAAGAGGGAGAGUCUUUUAAGGCCAGGCUGACCAGUAAAUGGUGGACUAGUAAAAAGCAUAUAUUCUACCUCUUAAAACAGGUGGUGGUAACUUAACUACUAAUCUUGAACCAAAAGGAAAACCAUGAGACUAAUUGGUUUCUUAGAUCACCUAAGGUGCCACUUCAAAUUCUCUAAGGCCCUGGAGAAUCCCAUUUCUUUAACCAGUUACUGUGUGGACUCAUUUUUUUAAAAAAAUCACUGCUUUAUAUGCUAUAUAUAGUACUUGUUACCUUAUUUUUCCAGGAUGUUCAAGUGUAUUAGAAGGACUCUUUACAAUAAAAUUCAAACUUGGAAAAAAUUUUAAUAAAUAUUUUUGUCAUAUCACA